GAGAGAGAGAGAGGAGGGAGAGAGGGAGAGAGAGAACUGGAGGGCACUUGGGUCGGGUCGCAGAAGGGUGUUGAGUGUGUCUGCGCAACCGUUUAAGCCCCAUGGACAGCAACCGCGUGCCAGUCUCGUUAGCGACCGUUCAGAGCAGAAUGCUCUCCUCUCAUUAUUGACCGGAGGAGCUCCCGUUAUCAGCGAGAGCAACCAGACGACUCACUUUUGGAUUUGAUCCAGCCUUUAUUCAUGCAGGUUAGUCGCAUUGAUAAAAAUAGGUAGGCUAAAUAAAACAAGUAUAACAUCUGCUCGAAAUGACAGAGAUGUCCGUGGAAGGCAACUUCUUUACGUUUCAAACGGAUUUACCUGAUCUCCUGCCCAGAACUUUCCUCAUCAGGGAUAUGCACAUCAAGCCCUCUCCUCUGUCCGCCAGCGUUGGAUCCUCCAGGGUCGGGUUGCUAGUUGGCACAAGUACAAUAUACAUGUUUUGAAAUGGGGUGAAACCAGAAGGUACCUGAACUUAUCCAGGUCAUCUAUAUUUAACCAGGACAGAACACUUAUCAACAACCGUGACUGUUUUCCAGGGAGCAGCCGACGAAACGCUUAUUUUUGUUUUUCCGUUUAAAAAAGUUUUGCUGCCAACCCGUGUGUCCUCCUGACUGAAGCCGACUUAGGAGGGCAGACAGGCGGACUGGUCUCCAUGAGGAUGCCCGGGCAGGAUGUGUUCCAGCCGAAAAAUUCUGUGGAGCCUGCUGCUGCUGUCAGUGUUGGAGGUGGGGCUGGGGGUCUCCAGUAUCGUCCUGGGAGCCGUUGGGCUCAGCCGGGUCAGGGAGGAACACAAACCACAGCAAGGAGACGCUUCACCUAUCUGGAGCGGCCUGUGUUUUCUCAUCUGUGGGAUGUGUGGAGUCCUGUGUGCUAGGAAGAGGACUGGACUCAUCAUGAUUCUGUUCUCAGCCUGCUGUAUCUGUGGUCUGAUUGGAGGGAUUCUCAACUUCCAGUUCGUUCGGGCGUUGUCACGACGACCAGACUCUCUCCGCUCACUACACCUGGCGGCCAUGACCAUUGCCUGCCUGGGUAUCUCUUCCUGUACCCUCUCUACCUGGUUGACCUGUCGUCUGGCCAGUUCAGAACAACAGAGGAUGUUUCUAGAGAGAGAACACUCACUGCACCACUCACACGAGAUGGCUGAGAAGGAACCAUACACACACGGAUCUUUUGUAAGAAACAAACACACACUCACAUGCAUGCGUGCUCACACACUGCUACUGAUUUCUCCUAAUUUGUGUGUGUGUGUGUGUGUGUGCUUUCAUGCGUGCAUGCAUGCAUGAGUGUGUUUCUAACAGGAGAUCCUGGACAACUCCAGCAACGGGAUUCCCCAGAUCUCCUACAACAGCAACACCACCUCUCUUUGACAACAGACACACAUUGUUGCCCUGACAACAGACACAGCUUGUUGCCCUGACAACAGACACACCUUGUUGCCCUGACAAUGGACACACCUUGUUGCCCUGACAACGGACACACCUCGUUCCGCUGACAAUGGAGUGAUAUCAUCCAACAGAGCUGAGCAGCACUAUUACACAGUUGUGUGUGGAGAACUUCAGCACAGAUGGAAGAAGUUGUUUCCCAAAGGAAAACUGAAAUGAAUGCUCUUCUUGGACAAGUUGUUACUAGUUCUGAUAGUCCUAACAGACAGUCACAUGACCUCUGACCUCACAGACCGGGAGGCCAGCCGCUUCAAACUAAUGAGAACAAAAGAAGCAUGCAAUCAAUUUGUAAUCUCUCUCUCUGUCUCUCUCUCUCUCUCUCUGGCUAUGUGAAUGCAGGUAUACUGUGUUUGAAGGAAAAAUGCUAUAGCUAUCUGAUGUAGCGCAGAAUAUGGAAUGCUUUAAAAUAUUACAUAUGCAACCAACUAUGCAAACUGAAUAUCAGUGGUGACCAACCAUCCUCCUGGAGAGCUACUGGGUUUGCAGGCUUUUGCUCCAGCCCUGCUCUAACACACAUAAUUAAACUAAUCAAGAUCCUGGAGACUGAACACCAAGAAGGUCUCAAGGAGGUGGGUUGGCUAACCCUGCUGUAUAUUCAUGCUUGUAUAUAUGGAAAACAAUUAUCUAUGGAGUGACAAUAUGUUUCUUUAGGCUUCUAUAAAACACACAUAAAACUAUGGAAAUGUUAGAUGGUGUUGUAGAUUUCAUAACCAGUUCCAGACACACACACACACACACACACACACACACACACACACACACACACACACACACACACACACACACACACACACACACACACACACACAUAGCUGUCAGGAAUCCAUUCUGAUAUUGAAUUAGAGGAGACAUGCUCUCUGCUAAGGGGACUAUUGUCUG